UCUCUCUCUCUCUCUCUCUCUCUGUGCCUUCAUUUGUGCCUGGAGUUUGCACCGGUUGACUGCAUUAACUAGAAGAGAAGAAGAAGAAGAUGGGUGCCCUUGAUUUUCUAUCAGAUUUCUGCACCAUUUCUACCCUAAGAAAGAAGCGCAAGCCGAUGCAGACAGUUGAAAUCAAGGUGAAAAUGGACUGCGAUGGCUGCGAGAGGAGAGUCAAAAGCGUCGUUUCGUCCAUGAAAGGAGUGAAAUCGGUGGAGGUGAACAGGAAGCAAAGCCGGGUGACGGUCCGGGGGUAUGUGGAGCCGAACAAGGUCUUGAAGAGGGUGAAGAGCACGGGGAAGAAGGCAGAGCUGUGGCCCUACAUCCCUUACAACUUGGUGGCUUACCCGUACGUGGCUCAAGCUUACGACAAGAAGGCACCCGCCGGGUACGUCAAGAACGCGGCGCAAGCCCUCCCUAGCCCGAACGCCACCGACGAACAAUUUGCCACUCUCUUCAGCGACGAGAACCCCAACGCUUGUUCCAUCAUGUGAUGUCAAUACAUCCACACCACCAAGAGUUCUGUGGCGAGGAGUUCUUGUCAGAUACAGAAGAAUUUGUGAGAUUCGCGCACAUAACAGUACAGUUCAAUAUAAUUUGUCUUGCAAAGUCAAGGUUCAUUUGACAUGUAUCUUGUUUUGGAAAAUUUCUUAUACACUGCCAUUACGAUACCUAAACAUCAAUUACGUAUCGAUAGUAGAAGUUUCCGAAACGUUUCAAGCUAUUGAGAAAAAA